AUGCAGAUCUUUGUGAAAACACUUACCGGAGCGACAAUUACCAUAGAUGUGGAGGCGUCGGAUACCAUAGACUGCGUGAAAGAAAAGAUACUGGCGAAGGAAGGCAUACCGGUUGACAAGCAACGGUUAAUUUUCACUGGCUUGCAGUUGGAGGACGGCAGAUCUCUAUGUGAUUACAAGAUCCAGAAGGAGCCAACUCUUCACCUGGUUUUUCGGCUGCGUGGCAUGAUCAGUGUUUUCGGGCCUGGGGCACCAGAAGAUCCUUUGUCUGCAUUCCUGAUGCUUUCGGACGAAGAUCGGGCAACGGCAGAAGUACCUCUACCAGAGUUGCGCCAGAAGGCCAAGGAAGAACAUGCUUCGGCCUUCCACACCUUCGCUUUCCAGGACGACGCCCGGAUUCUCGACCCUUUGGUUCGCAAAGUCCUGUCCGAAUUCCUGGACUACAUGUGGGGACAAGAGGCUGCUGCGUCUCCUAGGGUUGACUUGCGCAUGCACAUACACGACGAUGUCUUCCUGUCCCUGCUUUCCAUCUCUUCAUCCGCCGGCCAAGAAGUUCUUCGUCUGCUGCGGGAGGCUUUCGCGGCCAUUCCAGGGACUCCUGGUCCUGGCAAGGGCCGUUCGAAAGUCGUGCUGCGCAUGACGCGCGGACCUAGCAACGGCUGCAUCGAUUUCCAUUGUGACGGUAGCUAUGCAACAGGUACUGUGCAAGUUGCCUUGUCUGAACCUUGGGAGUACAACGGCGGGCGGCUCUGCUUCUUUGUCAUGGGUGGCUUGCAUGUGCUGGAGCGUUCGGCUGGUUCUCUGUGUCAGCAUCCUCCAGCUGUCUUGCACGGAGUCACCGCCCUGAAAGAAGGAACGCGCAAGAGUUUGUUUGUGGUUGAUAUGCAGAACGGGCUUGGAGAAGAAGGUGUGGUUGUACCAUCUCACAUCCACGUGCAGGGAUUUCAAGCCACUCGCGAACUACCACAGGUGCAAAAGUGCUGCAUGUGCUUGGUCUUGCCAUCUGACCAUGCCUUCCUCCCUUGUGGCCAUCUGUGCGUCUGCGCCACGUGCCUGGUAGCCUCGCACGUGGAUGCAUGCCCGGUGUGCAGGGAGUCCAUCCAGGGCACCGCCAAGAUCUUUGUGUAG